AUGCGGAAGUAAAUAAUGGAACGCCUUCGGCAGCGUUAGUUUUCCUGAUGUGUAGAAGUUUUUACAGACUGAUGUGUUGUCUCAUCACAGAUGAAUAUUUCUUCAGAUGAAAUAAAGAUGAGCUCAGUCCAGAAUCUGAGAGAGUUGAUCAACCAGCGACUAACUGCUGCUGCUGAAGAAAUAUUCACAGAGUUUGAGAAAACCAUCGUCCAGUACGAGGAGGAGAUCGAUCGUCAGCGCAGACUGCUGGAAAACAUCUGGAAAACCGAAACACACACACCAGAUCUCCCACAGCAACAUGUCCGUCAAAAGGAGGACCAGCAGCUCUGUAACCAGGAGAGAAACUCCAGUCUGGACCAUGAGUACCCAGAGCCUCCACAGAUUAAAGAGGAACAGGAGAAAGUCUUGACCAGUCGGGGGCCAGAUCAGUUUGUGCUGAAGCAGAGGACUGAUAUGUUGACUCAGUGCACAUCCAAAUGUAAAGAGUUUUCCAGAGAAAUAUUUGGUGUCUUUGAAAAAACACUCAUCCACUAUGAGGAAGAGGUUGAUUGUCAGCGCAGACUGUUGGAUGCCUUCUGGAAACCCAAAAUACAGUUAGACAGAAUAGAUGUACAACAGCAGUGUAGGGAGAAGGAGGUUCUCGCUGACCAGCUGCUUUGUUACCAAGAGAGGAACCACAGUCUGCAACAGAAGAACCCAGAGGCUCCACGAAUUGAAGAGAACCAGGAGAAACUCUACACCAGUCUGACCCAGGCAGAUCCAGAACCUCAACAGAUUGAACAGCAGCAGGAGAAACUCUGCAGCAGUCGGGACCAGGAGGACCCAGAGCCUCCACAGAUGAAAGAGGAACAGGAGGAGCUCUGCACCAGUCUGAACCAUGCAGAACUAGAACCCCAAAUGAUUAAACAGGAUGAGGAGAAACUCUGCACCAGUCAAGAGAUACAGCAACUUGUGCUGAAGCAGGAAACUGAUACCUUUAGAAUGACUUCCACUCAUGAGGAAAGCGACCACCGUGAGCUGGACCCAAACAGUAACCAGCUCCUCUUUUACAACUUUCCCGUAACUGAGAGCCCAGAAUGCCAAUUUCAAGAACAUCACAGACCCCACACGGGUGUGAAGCCAUAUGCCUGUAAAACAUGUGGGAAAACUUUCAGUCGACGUGAUCAUUUAUUGUCCCACACGAGAACGCACACAGGUGAGAAACCAUAUUCUUGUGAAACAUGUGGGAAAAGUUUCACUCAGAGUGGUAAUUUGUUGUAUCACAUAAAAACUCACACAGGUGAGAAGCCAUAUUCUUGCAACACAUGUGGGAAAAGUUUCAGUCUAAGUAGUCGUUUGACUGUUCACUUAAGAAGUCAUACAGGUGAGAAGCCUUAUUCUUGUGAAACAUGCGGGAAAAGUUUCACGCAACGCAGUCGUUUGUUGCACCACAUGAGAACUCACACAGGUGAGAAGCCUUAUCCUUGUGAAACAUGCGGGAAAAGUUUCACCCAACGUGGUUGUUUGUUGCACCACAUCAGAACUCACACGGGGGAAAAGCCGUUUUUUUGCAACACGUGUGAAAAAAGUUUCAGUCGACGUGAACAUUUAUUAUCUCACAUGAGGACUCACACAGGGGAAAAGGCAUAUUCUUGUAAAGCUUGUGGUAAAGCUUUUACUCAGCACUGUCAUUUGUUGCGCCACAUGAGGACUCACACAGGUGAAAAGCCCUAUUCUUGUGAAACUUGUGGGAAUAGUUUUAGUCAGCGUGGUCAUUUGACUGUCCACAUGAGAAUUCACACAGAUGACAAAUUGUAUUCGUGUGAGACGUGUGGGAAAAGGUUCAAUCAACGUGGUAAUUUAUUCUACCACAUGAUGACGCACACGGGGGAGAAGCCUUACCCCUGCCACGCAUGUGGAGAAAGAUUUAAAUACGCAUCGUCACUGAAAAAUCAUAUGAAAACUCACGCAGGUAAAAAAUUGUAAUCUGGAAACAUCUGUGGAAACCAGACUUGAAAAAACAUGUAAGAAUUUGUUCAGGUUCAAAGUUGUUCAGUUUCAAAGUUGAUCUUUCUGAUUCAAAGUGCCUUUUAACUUUACUGUAAUACUCAUUCUGUGAGUUUAUUGGAUAUCACAUUGUGGAAGAUGGAUCUGGUGAAAUCUGUCAAACUGUCCAAUGGAUACAUGCUGACUCUUACAGAAGAACAUUACAUUUGCAAAAGAAAAACAAUGGAAGGUGUCUUAUACUGAUGAGGAAGGACUUAGUAAUUCGUUUUACUUUAGUUAUCAGUUUCUAAUAUAUUUGAGAGCACAUUAUAGUAACUUACACAAGUUUUUUGUUUGUUUUUUUAAUUAUUUUUUAAAAUGUUAUGCUCAUCAGUGAGUUAAAUAGUUGAAGUCCUGUUCAUCUUAUUUAAAUUUGCUGCAUGUCUUUGGAUGGUUCUUUGUAAAUUUGUUUGUAUACAGAUCAAAAAAAGAAACAAAACCGGAUUCCUGCACAGUAACAUCUGACAGCAAUCGUAAAUGAAUUUCAAAGAUAGUGUUUCAGUUCAAUUUAACAUUUCCACAUGCAGAGCCUUCAUGUCUCCAUGUUUCCUUCAGAAAAGCUUCCUCAGAUCAGACAACACUGUUGUAGCACAAUUGAAAUUUAGCUUUGUAGCUGCCGUACUAAUGACAAAAAUUCAACCAGCACAAAGACACAGUGAUUUCUCUCUUGUCUGAUAAUAAAAUAUUGACGACACAAAACUUUGACAUUGUUAUUGGGAUGUGUGAUCAUUUUUUAACUCCAAACUUUUGUAUUUUGUUGUCACUUGCAGUUUUUUUCUGAUUAAAAAAAUAAACAACAAAAUGUUCAUUUUGACACAA